AUGGUGACUUCCGAUGGGGUCGCUGUGGAGGUGCACGGGACAACUCACGUUCCAAAUUCUAUUUUGAGUUGGUAUGAUGAGACUCGCCCUAUGUGGAUUGAUCUUGUUGGGGAUUAUGCUGGAAAAGAGUUGUUUCUGCUUGAGGGUGAUUCUCUAUUAAGAGAAUGUUUUGCAGAUGAGAGGAUUGAUUUUCAAGAUGGAUUUCAACUACUACAUGCUGUAUAUGUAGUAGAACGAUUCCUUGAGAAUCUGGUCAAGAGACACUGCAACUUUCAUAUUGCGUUCUUCGAAGAAGUCAUUGACGACGAAACCAUCAAGAAGUUGUCUGCUGCCUCAGCAGAGGGACACUUGAGUGAGAGAUCAUGCGUUUCAGUUCUUUCUGCGUCUCACAUCCUGAAGAGGAGUCCAUCCGAUGUGUUCCUCGCUUCCGCAUUUAUAUUACACAGCGUUUUGCUGAACCAAAUUCCUCUUGCAAAGCGCCGAUUUCCAUCUAUCGAUUUUGACGAAGACUUCGAGCAACAAAUUACUAAUUUCUUGUCCUUAUAUGCAGAGGCAGCCCAAGUUAUUCUAGACAAUCCAACAUGGAGCGAAUUUGUGCAAGCGAAUGCUCUUACAAGAGAUACUCAUGAUCUUGUUGAUGGGAGAUUAUUACGCGUCGUCAUACAAGCCCUAUGCGACGAAUCCUCAGACCCUUUCCCCCAAGCAGUUCACGAGGAGUGGCUGGUGCUUUGCAAUCUGACCAAAGAGCUUUCGAAUCAAGAGCUUUCCUUGAAAGGGAGCCCUGAUUUAGACUUUGUUGAAAUCGCUGCAACCGAAGAUACUGACUCAAGCUCAGAGGAUCUUACAGUUUUACCCUUCACUAACGCUGUGUUCAACAAGCACUUGCAGUGCAUCCAUGUCAAGACAGACGCAUCUUUGUCUACACAAUUUGGCACAAUGAAGCUGUACAGAGAAACAAGUCAUUGGCAUAAUCACAAAAAGCCAAUCGUCACAAAAGCUCUUCCAGCACAGAAAGUCUCUAAAUGGCGCAAUCCUCUUCGUACCAAUCAAUUUUAUAUGAGCGAAAUGACUGCCUAUGCCGCAAGUUUAACUGGAGCAAAGGGAAAAGCACUCGAACCGGAAACUAUCGUGGUGGGGCCCAAGCAACUGGCGAAAGUUGUUGAGGAGAAACCAUCAAAGGCAAGUAAAGUCGAAAAGCCAGCGCCUAAAUCGAAGAAAGAAGCCGCAAGUGAUAAUAAGAAACCUGGAUCCAAUGCUAAGAAGGGUACCAAAAAGGGUGGUGGUCUUUCAGCUGCUGACCAGAUCCGCGCUGCAAACCUGGAAAAGAAAGGCGACACUGAGACCGAUAAAGCUUUCCUUGCAUGGUCUAUGAUUAUGAAGGAUCUUGAUUUGUCCUCCAACGAUGAAAAUCGCUACCUCCGUGCAAAGCAAUAUCUUAACAAUCUUGAUGGUGCCAGAACAAAAAUUCUUGAGGGAGAUAUUAACACGUACAUACUCCAAUGUCUAUUGUCUUGGUGGGCCGGGUAUUGUAAGGAGAAUAAGAAAAUGAAUGGCUACCAUGUAGUUGCAUUGAUUUGGACAACUGUGAGAUUUAUAUGUACAACUAGUGCACCAAUCACAAAAGAGAUCGUGCAGCACGUCGAGAAGAUUUGCAAAUUACUUGGCAUCUCGGACGCUUUCUCUCCGCCGAAAGUUCUCGGGGUUGAUCGCAAGCUAUCUUUUACCUUCAAGUACCCGCCUCCAGCUUUGUCCUUGAAGAUUGGCCUUUCCCAAUCAGAAUUCCAGCUCGAACACUGUGGUCCGUACAUGGACAGGAUGCUUGAUGCAAAGCCAGAUGCUCGUGUUUCUAGCUUCAUUCCGGAUGGUUGGCAGAGAGAUGUGCUCAAUCAAUUGGAUGCCGAUAAGAGUAUAUUUGUGGUGGCUCCCACCUCUGCUGGUAAAACAUUCAUUAGUUUCUAUGCUAUGGAGCAGAUUCUACGUGCUGAUAAUGAUGGAGUUCUGGUUUAUGUCGCACCAACAAAGGCACUUGUCAAUCAAAUCGCAGCUGAAGUUCAAGGUCGAUUCUCUAAGAGAUUUCCCCAAGCAGGCAAAGGAGUGUGGGCUAUUCAUACGAGAGAUUAUCGUGUGAACAAUCCUACAGGUUGUCAAAUACUCGUCACUGUGCCUCAUAUUCUUCAGAUUAUGCUUCUAUCGCCAACGAAUGCGAAGUCAUGGGCCCCACGAGUAAAGCGUAUCAUUUUUGAUGAGAUUCAUUCUAUCGGCCAGUCUGAAGAUGGUGUGGUAUGGGAACAGCUCUUGUUAUUAGCACCAUGUCCUAUUAUUGCCCUUUCCGCUACUGUGGGAAACCCUGAGCAGUUUGCGGAUUGGCUUGGAGAAACUCAAAAAGCAAAUGGUUCUGAAUUGAAGAUGAUCAAGCAUUCAACGAGAUAUUCCGACUUACGAAAGUUUAUGUACGAACCACCUCAGACGUUUCAUUUCGAGGGUCUCGGAGACUCAUUCGGCCUUGGUCUAGGUUUGGAUGGGUUACAAGGAUUUCAAACUUUCCAUCCGGUUUCGUCUUUGGUUGAUCCUUCGAGGGGAAUGCCCGAAGAUCUUGCACUCGAGCCUCGAGAUUGCUUAUCGUUAUGGAAAGCUAUGAUCAAACAUCAGAGCAAGGAAUACAAUGUUCCCGAAUCACUCAACCCAGAACAGGCAUUACCACCUUGCAUUCGAAAAGCGGAUAUAUUUGCUUGGGAAAAGAGCCUUAAGAAAGUACUGAUUCAAUGGAUGGUGGAAUGUCGACCGCAAUUUGCCAAUGUGGUAAAGGAAUUGACUCCCGAGAAGACUGAGAUCGAUGAUGAUAUCUCAAUCGCCAGCUCCUCUGGUUUAUCGACUGAGAUCAUUGACCCAUUAGAUCUUCAAGCUACAACCCUGCCAUUAUUGUACCAGUUGCAUAAGCGUCGUGCCCUGCCAGCUAUACUGUUUAACUAUGACCGUUCUGCUUGUGAGAGCAUUGCAAACACUCUGUUGAACCAAUUAACUCAAGCUGAAGAACAAUGGAAGAAAGGAUCAGCCUGGAAAAAGUUAAUGGACGGCUAUGAAAAGUACCAAGAAAUGAAGGUGAAAAAAGCUCGUAAACCGGCUAAACCAUCCAAGAAAACGAACCAAGACGAUGAAGGUGGAUCAAAGAUGGACCGCAUGCGUGAGGAUGCAACAGAUGGAUCUUCCUUCUAUGAUCUUUUCGAUCCGACCGCUCCGCAAGUCGAUUUCUCAUUUGCUGAUCCAAAGCGUUUGCAAAAAGAAGAACUUGAUGGAUUCAUUCGACAGCUUCGUCGUAAGGAGAUUAGGGAGGACUUAAUUGACUUGCUGAAAAGGGGAAUAGGUGUUCAUCAUGCUGGUAUGAACCGAAAAUACCGUCAAUGUGUAGAGAUGCUAUUCCGUAAAGGCUUCCUGAGAGUCGUCAUUGCAACAGGAACACUUAGUUUGGGUAUUAACAUGCCCUGUGCAACCGUGGUCUUUAGUGGGGACUCGGUUUUCUUGACUGCCUUGAAUUUCCGUCAAGCUGCAGGUCGUUCAGGUCGUCGUGGUUUUGAUCUUCUCGGGAACGUUGUAUUUCAAGGUAUCUCUCGAGAACGAGCAAGCCGACUUCUCAGUUCUCGACUCCCUGAACUUACUGGUCACUUUCCAAUCACGACAACAUUGGUAUUGCGAUUAUUCACACUUUUGAAUGAUUCUAAGAACUCGCCAUAUGCUGUUAGAGCUAUUAACUCUCUUCUUUCUCAGCCUAGACUGUAUCUUGGUGGUCAAAGUUUUAAAGAGCAAGUCCUUCACCACUUAAGAUUUUCCAUAGAGUACUUGCGGCGCAAUGCACUCCUUGGACCUGGGGGUGAACCUGUCAACUUCACUAGUUGUGUUUCGCAUCUCUACUUUACUGAAAAUUCGAGUUUUGCAUUCCAUGCACUUCUCAAUGGAAAGUACUUCCACAAGCUCUGUGCAGAUAUCGAUACCAACUCCGAAGAUGUGCUGCGUACAAUGAUUCUAGUAUUGAGCCAUCUUUUCGGUAGGCGAGUUAUCAGAGAAGUUGACGAUCCUGAAGAGGCAGAAAAGAUCCACCGCUCACCAUCGAACGUGUAUCUUGAGCCCAUGCCAGAAGACGCAGCUAAUAUACUUCGUGGGCAUAACAAGAGCACUUUGGAGUUAUUUUCUACGUACGUGAAGACAUUCGCUGAGCAACACAUUACCGAAGAUGAACACAAUUUGCCAUUCACCAAAAGCCCAGUCGGUCCAAAUGAAGCAAGCAAGACCAAUGGUAACACAAGCUCGGUCAUUGAGUCUCUUCCUUCAUUGCCCCGUCCGCAAGCAAGAUCACCAUUUGUAGCGCUAUCUGGGCUAGGUGACUCCUUCACUACCAUAGAAGAUCUCUGCAGCUCCACCCGUGAAGGCGUUUUUCUUGAAGCGGCUGUGAUCCCCCAUCUCGAGCUUCACCCCGACGAAACGAGAUCACCUUUAAAUUCAUACCUCCUCGAUUUCUACAAGCAUGGUUCUUUGCAACCUCUUGAGGAAGCUAAUGGUAUCCGCAAAUCAGACGUUUGGUUUGUACUUAACGACUUCUCUAUGGUUCUAGCUACAAUCGCCACUUCCCUUGCCUUACAUCUCGGCCUAGGCCAAGAUACCGAUGCAGGACUUCUCGAUGUAAUGGGAGCAGGAGAUUCCGUUGAGAACGAGAAUGAUGAGAAAAUGGCUGAAGAUUUAGUUCCGCAAAAUGUUUCUACACCAUCUACUGAACUUCAGCAAGCUCAACCAGUACGUCGAAAGAAGGUAGUCGAUGAUUGGGAUGCUGGCGAGGAUAGAUUGGCUGCCGAGGAAGAUUAUUUGGAGAAGGAAAAGGAGAGUGGUGCGGGAGCGACGGAAGAUGAAGAGUAUCAAAAGUUGAUGACUGUUUAUCGGGCAUUUAGAAGGUUGAAGACAGAAUUUGAUGAGAAGUUUAGAGCUAUCUGGGCUUAG